AUGAACGCUCUGCCUGUACUCAAUGGAUACAUUGGCUAUCUUUUUACUUCUCAGCCAUUAAUACUUGAACCAAGCGCAAAAGUGAGAUUUGGCGAAUUAGUGGAUCGAUUUUACAUCAAUCAUCAACCAAUUACACAUCCGCAAAAAGUGGACGAUGUUAAGAAACCAUACGUGUCCAAAGAUUAUAUUUUAUACAGCCGAUUACACAUUCCGACCACUCGAUUAGAAAUCCUUUACUCAAAAAAGUUAUCGCCCUGGUCACAAUUUUUAUUUACGGGAAUUAACGAGCAUACACGAAGAGGAGCCCCACAUGUAACUGCUGAGAUACAGUAUGAUGCAGGGAAAUGGUGCACAGAAGCCUUUUAUUCUACCAACCGUUCUCUUAUUGGAUUACGUGGACUGUAUCAUCUGGCAGAUGAUAGUGCAUCAGCUGCGAAAGACUCUCAAUCCGAUAAUGGAAUUGUCACUGAUAACGCUUCUACACCCAAAAAUAAAUUGCAGAAACAAUCCCCGAGUAGAUUGGCAGAGUUCCAUAAUCACUCAUCAGACGAAUCGGAAGAAUUUGACAACGACAUGGUAGAAGGAUUAAAAGGGCAAUGGACUGUUGGAACAGAAAUAUAUUACGGAGCAAGUGAGCGUAGUGGAGGCAUAUCUACAGGGUUACGCUAUCGUACCCUUCCACAACACCCAAUGCAAUCACCGCUUACUUUUACUUAUCUCUUUAACCCAAUUAUGGGACAUAUGUCAGCUGCUUUUGCCGCACAAGUUUCUGACACCCUGGCAUUAUGCCCUAGGUUUGAUUUUAACAUGUUCAGCUAUGAGAGCGAUUUGAUGAUUGGAUGUGAAUGGUGGCAGAAAGUAAAGAGAGAAACUGAGAACAACGCGGGAGAUGGAAAAGCCAAAGAUGAUGUGCAAGGUAUUGUAAAGGCGACUUUCGGUGUGGCCAAGGGGAUAAAGUUUCUUUGGGAAGGUCGAUAUGGGAAAUUGUUAUUCAGUUUAGGAUUGGUAGCUGACUUACGGUCAAGGUUGUCUCCUAUCCAAUCAGUUGGCUUAGAAUUGCAAUACUUCUCAUGA